UGUAAAUGCAAUUGCAUUACGUUUUUAAUAUCAAAUUAACUGGAAUAACAUUUUGAUUAUAAAAAGUAUUUAAUUCUUCGCGAAUUAUCUUUAUAAUAUAUAUUUAUUUUUAAAAAAAUUUGAAAGCAAGGAAUACAAACCAUAUAAUUAUAUCAAUUUCUGCAUAAACUUUUAGAUGUAUUAUAUUAUACUGUACAUUAUGCACUAAAUAUAAUCUAAUAGAUUUAUGACAGUCCGGAUAGAAAUAUCAUUAAGUUGCCCAACACUAACAACAUUUAUCGAUAAAUGUGCAACAGUUUACAAUUGCACCUUGAAAACUGCAACCGGAUAUACACCGCUGCGAGAAUUCUUUGUUGCCUGGUUGUAGGAGCAGAUAUGCUCUACAUUUUACAAUUUCAUGUUAUAAACAAUACAAUCAUACAUUUUUUAGUAUUCCUUUCUUGAAUAAUCUGGAAAAUAAAUGUUAUAAAACCUGGCUGUGAAGUUAAUAAGAAAUUAAGAUUCUCUUACAAUUAAAUUAUUAUAUGUAUUAUUACUUAUUAAGACAAUGAAAAUAUUUUACUGUGAAUUUUGCUCGAUGUUAUUUUGUUGUCUGCAUGUAUUUUCAAUUUGACAGUAGUUUAGAACCAGUUUAACUAUGAAAGGUCGACACGUGACAUAGGAAACGAAAAAAAAAUUGCCUUUUACCAUUAUGCUACUUUUAUUCAGACCUUAGUCUCAAUCUCCUAAUCUUUCCACGUAACGCCUUUGUAUGUGAGAUAACUGGAAUGUUUCAGUCGUGCAAAACACAAUAAAAAUCAAUGGAAAAUACGAACUAUAUUAUUGCUUUUCACAAUGAUUUUAUCAGUUUUCCUAGCUACUUACUCAAGAAGUUCCUAUUCUAAACGUGCACAAUCGAGAAUGCAAACGAGACUGUAGAUAGAUAAAUCUUUUUCUAUAAAUCGUCGAUGGCAUACAUUCACACGGUUUCUUGAAACCUGUCCUACGUCAUCUUUUGCUUGUUACGCGGAAUACAAAAAGCACGUAAUAUGUUUUAGUGUCUAAAGUGGCUGCUUAAUAUAAAAUACAUUUUCUUUGGACAUUCAAAAUGAAGAAUUUGGAAUUACCACUAUUAGUUAUUCGAGUAUAUUAGAUUCGUAACACCGGUGAUCCCCUAUGGCGUUCAUAGUGUGGAGUUUCCAGCUAGAUACCUUACAAAAUUAAUAUAAUAUCAAUACUACUUAGAAUUUUCUUUAAUUUUCCUUUCUGAUAAAUACGAUAACUGAUAUGGCAGUCAACAUGUUGAAGUGCCGGUAACCUGAGAAAAAUGUUGUUCAUGCAUCGCGUGCACCAAUGACGAUUGCACUGAACUGGAUAGAUACGAAAGAGGCGGAAAAGCAACCGCUAUUUCUGCUGUCGAGGACGGGUGGUCUUUCGUAAAUAAUCCCAGCUCGUCCUCCGCCGUAUUGGCUGCGAUUGAAAGUGGUUUUUCCACAUCGAUUCCAAAGUAUGCGUUUCAAUAAAUGCACCUUUCGUGUGCAUCACGAACCUCUGCUUAUCUGCAUGCGAGAAAAAUUCUCGUGCCACUUGUAAAUAUAAAGUGCGCGUCUCGUUUCAAUCGAUUUACGCGAUUUCAGACACAUCCUGCGAGCAAGUGAUUUUGAACCGUGCCGCCUGUUAACAGUGAAAGCAAAUUGUGCGUUUGUAAAUCUUACAAUAAUUAUUUUUAAUCGAAUACCUUAUGAUUUAACAAUGUGUAGGAAGGUAUAUAAUUAAUUCGUUAAUUAUCGCAGUGAAAUUAGACAUGAUGCCGGCCUUUUGUGAGCCCCGAGGCAUUCAAUAUCUUCAUGUUCGUCACUGUAUCUCAAAAUGAUGAUAAUGGAAUUCGUGAAAUACAGAAAUUUAUCACCUUAUCAAGGAGAAAAAAAAAAAUUGUAGCAGUAAAGUGUAGCAAAUGAGAACCGCUACAGGGAUUUCCCUUUAACCGCAAAUUAAUUGCAUUAUUACCGGCGGCGUCUCGAUACCUGGCCAGAUACGUUUUACCUUAUCUCAUUCUCAAAGGCAAGAAAAACAAGCGUCAUUGGCCGCAGUCGCAUCUUUCAGCGAGGACACGUGAGAGAGGAGAGGCGUGUGCACAUCUUCGUCGGGAAACGCUCACGUACAUACACGGUUAAGGCAGCCCGUAGCCGGUUAUUAUGUGUCCGAUAUGGCUCCGAGGCAAUUAAUACUACUGUUAUGAUUCAGACGGGUAUGUACGUCAUGUGGUGUUUCUCGACAAUGCAAUAGCGGGAUUGGGUCAGUGUUCCAGAGUCGUUCGGGUAUCCAGUUGCUACUUAUUUUUUUCUCCUUCUCCGUUCGUCACUCUAUUACUGAAACGCGUGCACCAUACCACGCACGCUGGCUUGUCUCUCUUUCUAAAAUAACAUCUUGAGAAAUAUGUGCUGCUUGACACCAUCGGCCAGCUGUACCGUUCAGUGUCGCGCCUACGAUGCAUCAUAUUGAUAAACGUUCGGUAGGAUCUGUCGUGUUUUCACGGAAAAUAUAAUAUGAUAUACCGUUCGCAAAGUAAUUGAACGUCCCACCGAAGACAUGGAACAAGACGGAAGAACUUGAACGUACAAUAAUCGCCACGGUGAUUGUUUAAACGUGCGCCGCGGUGAGCCAAUCCUUUCGAAAGGAAACACAAUGGUUGAGGUGUUGGUGAAUUAAAUAACGCGAGGAACUGUGCCACGAUUCCUUGAACUUGUUUCACCGAGGUGUACCAUUGAUGAGGUAGGCGGGUUAUUCUUCGCAGUCAGGUGUCAGGUCAGCAAGAAUUUGGCGACAGGCUCGUCGUAACCAGGACGCGGCAACUAUGUCGGACAACAAUCUCGGUCCGUUCGCUGAAAAGGAUACAUCUAAUAAGAACAAUGCACCGAUACAAGAUGAGAAACAACGAAAAAUCAAUGCGACCCCGAUGAACAAGAGCAUCGAGGAUAUACCAGGAAAGUUAAAUAAAUCGACUCAGAUCGACUUUACCCAAUUAACGUACGCAAAUCAAAGAGUAAGACCAACUUCUAUCGCUUAUCUCCCGAAACAGAGUCAAAUCGGUGAUAAUCUGAGUUACUCUUGUCACACAUCUAAAAGCACGUUGUAUCCUUCGCAGAGUGAAUUGGUUCUAUCGCCUAGAAACAGACAGAAUCGUUAUGUAGCAUUAGAUAUGAGAUCGAUGGGCAGCCUUCCGUUUUCGAGUCCCCAUUCGAACAAUCAUAUCUCAGGAAACAAUGUACCGUACACAUGUUGCUGUACGUGUGCUGGAUCUCAACCACCACAAACACCAUCUUCUCAUCACACAGAAGACCAAGACGGUCCCGAAGGUCUCUCGUGGCGAAGACUUCACAUGAGCAGAGCUAAGUUGAAAGCGACCGCAACAACGUCGGAACUGUUAAGUGGAUUUGCUAUGGUGGCUAUGGUGGAAUUACAGAUAAACGAGCCAACCGCGGUCCCAGAAUGGCUGUUUGUGAUAUUCGCUGUUUGCACAACCGUUCUAGUAUCAGUACACAUCUUUGCUUUAAUGAUAAGCACAUAUUUAUUACCCAAUAUCGAGGCUGUCAGUAAACUUCACAUGUCGCGUCUCGUUACGGAAUCACCGCACGAAAGAAUGCGGGGUUUUAUCGAAUUAGCAUGGGCAUUUUCCACGGUAUUAGGUUUGUUUCUGUUCCUAGUAGAGGUAGCCAUACUCUGUUGGGUGAAAUUCUGGGAUUACUCGUUCACCGCAGCUACUGCCAGUACUAUCAUAGUGAUACCGGUGCUCAUAGUGUUCAUUGCAUUCGCUGUUCACUUUUAUCAUUCGUUGGUAGUUUAUAAAUGUGAAUCAUCCGUCUCUGAUAUGAACGAAUUGGAAAGUAUUAAAAGGAAUUUAGAUAACGUGACGAUGGGACAGAGCAGCGUAUAAAACGGUAGGCUUUCACAUUAACUCGUUUGGUAAAUUAACUCUGAUUCAGCUAAAUGAUUACCUUGUUUCGUGUAAUUCUUUUGUAUCCAAUCUUAUGAACAUGGUAAGAUGAACUUAAUAAUAAGAUUGAAUGCAAAACAAAUGUUGUACAAUGACGUCAGUUAUUCUGUAGAAAUUGCUAUCUUUAAUGAAAUAAUUGUGUACUGAUUAUGUCAUCUUUUUCUCACUAAAAAUGAUCAUUAUAAUGGCCAUUUGUACUGUACAUAAUUUGUUUCAUUCAAAUAGAUGAUUAUCAGAGCUACGCAAAAUACUAUGAUUAAAACUUUUGCAUAUUUUUAGAAUUUGUGUUAUCUAAUAUAAGUAACUCUUAUGAAGAUAAUAAAUUAUGUGAUAUAGUAAAGAAGCAAAUAUUAGCUUAAUGCAGAUAUGUGGGUGAUAACGUGGCCAAUACUGUACUCUUAAAAGGGUCCAUUACGUACCAAACCGUAUUAAUUGUAAACAACUGAGAAAUAAAAUAACAUAGUAUGUAGGCUAUCAGAACAGAUAUAUGUAUAUGUAUAAAAGCGAUGGAAAAAGAACACAUGUAUGUUUAUUCAAUAAGUUUACUUAUUUAACGCGAUCAUGUGAAAAUGAUCUUUUUUUUUAUAAUAUAUAUAUAAUAUUAUAUAUAUAUAUUAUAUAUAUUAUAUAUAUAUAUAUAUAUAUAUAUAUAAAUGUACAUAGCUGUACACAUGCAAGUCGAGAAUUGCAACAGUACAAGCAAAGUGCUCUUAAUAAUAUCAACUAUAAUUAUUUAGCAUUUAAUUAUAACUCUAUUUAUGACUUAAUUUCCGAUUUCUUCUUUAAAUGUAUAUUCUUCUUUACUUUGCUUUUUUAUUUCAUACAUCAUAUCACUAAUAUAUUAUAUUAUAUAUAUAUAUUUUUUCAUUUUGUCACUUAGUUUGUGGGAAAACUGAAGGACAAUCGAAUACGUGUGAUUUAUGUACAUGCCUCCGUUCUUGGUAUCCUAGUCAAAUAAAUAAUUUGUCAGACUUGAAGACUCUCGUUAAUGAAAACGUGGUUCUUUAUAAUAAGUUGUGAGAAGGGGAAUAGAAUUUCUUCUUAUACUCCUUUCAUUUUCACCAUAAACUAAGUUGUAUAAUCUUACAGUUGAUAUUUUCUACAUUAUUAUGCUUCAAAUUCUGUUUGUACAAAAACAAAAGAAAGAGAAUUAUAUUAAAUUAAACGAAGAAGUGCAAUCGAAGCAAGA